UCAAACUCAAACAACAUCCUGGGAUCAUCCUAAAAUGACUGAACUAUUCCAAUCAUUAUCUGAUUUGAACAACGUGCGUUUUUCUGCUUACCGUACAGCCAUCAAGAUCAGGAGACUACAAAAAGCUUUGUGUUUGGACCUCUUGGACUUAAACUCAACAAAUGAAGCUUUUAAACAGCACAAAUUGAUUCAGAAUGAUCAGCUCCUUUGCGUUCAGGAUAUCCUCAGCUGCCUCACUACGAUUUACAGUGGAAUGGAAGAGAAGCAUGAAGACCUUGUGAAUAUUCCACUCUGCGUAGAUAUGUGUCUGAACUGGCUGCUCAACGUUUAUGAUAGUGCCCGGACUGGAAAAAUCAGAGUGCAAUCCCUGAAGAUUGGCUUGAUAUCUCUUUCUAAGGGUCUCUUGGAAGAAAAAUACAGAUAUCUCUUUAGAGAAGUGGCUGGACCUAUCGAAAUGUCUGACCAGAGGCAGCUUGGCUUGUUAUUGCACGAUGCUAUCCAAAUCCCACGCCAGCUUGGGGAAGUAGCCGCUUUUGGAGGCAGUAACAUUGAGCCCAGUGUCCGCAGCUGUUUCCAGCAGCAUAAUAAUAAGCCAGAAAUUGACGUAAAGCAGUUCAUAGAAUGGAUGCGUCUGGAGCCACAGUCUAUGGUAUGGUUGCCAGUUCUACACAGAGUAGCAGCUUCAGAAACAGCAAAACAUCAGGCCAAGUGCAACAUCUGUAAGGAAUGUCCAAUUGUUGGUUUUAGAUAUCGGAGCCUGAAACAUUUCAAUUAUGAUAUUUGCCAGAGCUGUUUUUUCUCGGGUCGAACAGCGAAGGGUCAUAAAUUACAUUACCCAAUGGUGGAAUACUGUAUACCGACAACAUCAGGGGAAGAUGUACGUGAUUUUACUAAAGUGCUAAAAAACAAGUUCCGAUCCAAGAAAUAUUUUGCUAAACAUCCACGACUUGGUUAUCUGCCAGUGCAAACAGUUUUAGAAGGCGACAAUUUAGAGACUCCUAUCACUCUUAUUAGUAUGUGGCCAGAGCAGUAUGACCCCUCCCAAUCUCCACAACUGUUUCAUGACGACACCCAUUCCAGGAUAGAACAAUAUGCUAACAGGUUGGCCCAAAUGGAGCAGAGCAAUGGUUCCUUCUUCACCGAUGGUAGCUCCACCACAGGAAGUGUGGAAGAUGAGCAUGCUCUUAUCCAGCAGUAUUGCCAGACUCUGGGAGGUGAUUCACCAAUGAGUCAACCGCAAAGUCCAACCCAGAUCUUGAAGUCAGUGGAGAAAGAAGAACGAGGAGAACUUGAACGAAUCAUUGCUGACCUCGAGGAAGAGCAAAGGAUGCUGCAAGUGGAAUAUGAGCAACUCAAGGAACAGCAUCUUCGAAAGGGAAUCAAUGCCCUAAAUUCACCUCCGGACUCAGCUGUGUCACCUCAACACACUACUGAAGAUGCUGAACUCAUUGCAGAGGCCAAACUUUUACGACAACACAAGGGGCGCCUGGAAGCUAGGAUGCAAAUCUUGGAAGACCACAAUAAGCAAUUGGAAUCUCAGCUUCACAGGCUACGACAACUGCUGGAACAGCCUGAAACAGAUUCCAGGGUUAAUGGAGGCUUUUCUAAUGCUUCACCUCAGCAAUCCACCCUUGGGUAUUCAUCUGAUCAGGAUGCUAAUUCACAGUUUAAUCAGACAGGUAUAGAUGACUUGCUAGUCCCACCUCAUCAUACUAGCACAGAUUUAACGGAGGUCAUGGAACAAAUCAAUAGCACAUUUCCAGCUUGCCGCUCAAAUCUUGCUGGCAAAUCACAGGCAAUGUGAGCAUCUUCUUUGGAAGAUCACCUGCUCUUUGCAACUUCAGCUCAACCAGUGCCAAUCACAAGUUCCAGUAAUCACAUGGCUGCUUGGGACCUUGUAACCUGCUGUUCAGCUCUGUGUAUUCUUACUCCAAAUAAGAAAACACUUGAACUACCCAAAGAAGAGGAUGUUGUAUUUUAUAUUAUUGUGUGUGUUUUUCCCUUCUUCCCUCUCUAUGCAACUGUUAUUUUAACAAACUGUGGAGUAUUUGGAAAUGGUUAUGCAUAUGUACUUUGAUUUAUAUAAUUAUGCAGCAUCAGGAAAGGGGAUGGUAGGGAUUUAUAUCCAUUCUUUUUUUGAUAUUGCUAAAGUGAAUUGCCUUUAGAGCUUGGAGCAAAGAGUUACAUUUAUACUUUCCUUUUGGCUUUUUGCAUUUAUCUUUUCAAGAACCUUUUCUUCUGAGACACACUGCUUUUUCUGCACAGGUUAUUUAUACUUAGCCUAAGAGUCCAAAAACAUAGGAAAAAGAUCAGCUUCUCAUAAACUGCACAGUUAGUAUUGACAAAUACCAUUUUAGACACACAGGGCUCUAUUUUGCCCCCACUAACUUCAUUCAGCUACAGUAACUGUUGACACUCAAGUAGCAUUUUAAUGGAUUUACUUCCCCCACAGAAUGUGGAAUGAUUUUUAUUCCAGAUUUUAUUGUUUUUAAUUUUUUUUGUUAGGCUGAAUUUUACCUUAAUACAAUUAUUCUGAAUAUGUGCAGUUUUUAUUUUCUGUGGCGAAGACAUGACCAUCGUAUUGUGCCAAAUUUUAUGUCCAUCACUCCAUUCAAAGUAUGAAAUCUAGUCCUGAAGUAAUUGUAAUUUGGAAGCCUACCUAAAUGAAGGAGCUCAGACUACUUCAGUACUUAAUUGCUCUGCCUUUGUGCCAGAAAGAUUGGCUGGAUGGAUACCUUUAAUCAAUAGCAUUGUACAUUUUUAAAAUGAUUCCCUUAUAGUCAGCAUUUCAAGGGAGAGCCAGGGAGAGCCAGCUGAGGAGAAAAAUUCAAUCACUGUUUAUGUUGAGUAGCUAGGCUUGGUUCCUUCCCCACUGGCUGUGUGGCUUUGCAUGGCCCUUUGCUCUCAUUAUAAAGCACUCACUCAUUCUUUCCAUACGUUGCAUGUGUGCAAUAAUCAUAUUUAAAGGACCAAAAUAGUGUUGGAGAAAUUCCACUGCUGAAUAUUAUUAACAGGCCUGUCCAUUAUUUUAUGUUAUCAUUUACAAGGUGAGUCCUAGUAGAAUUUGAUGUGCUAUCCCAAAUGACAUUGCAGUAGAAGAAGCAUUAAUCUUGGGGUGGAUGUGGAGAAUGGUGUCUUGUAAACCACUCAAGUUUUCUCAUAGCUCAUCUCCAGUACGGAGGUGAUACUAGUUGUAACUAUGCUUAGAGGUAUUAUGAGGGUCAAAUUAGAUAAUAUAUGCUAUAUAAUCAAAUGAUUCAAAGUGCUAUCUAAAAGUAUUAUUUUUUCAGCAGCGGGGGGGCGGGGGUUGCUCAGAGUAGGAAACAGAAACAGAUUGCAGGUUACUAUGUGGAUUUUUCAUCUAGAAAGAAAUAUAUUUUGGUAUAGAUAUUUUGAGAAGGAAAAGAAGUUUUGCAGAAAAGAAGAGCCAUGACCACCUUUCUACCUCAAACCAAUUUUCUUUUUCUUUCUUUUUUAGUAUUUAGCUUGGGAAGCAGUUCAGAGAUCUGAUAUUUUUGAGUAUUUUCAUUUACCAGAUAGUAUCAAGCCAAAGGGGGUUAAAAAAAACAAAACCACACAUCCCCCCCCCCAAGCCUCCUUUAAACAUACUUUAGCAGAAAAACAAAUCCCAGCAAUGGAUAGGAUGGAACUUUUGUUUUUAAUGGAAAGGAUAUGUAUAAAUUGUUUUUCAGCCUGUGUUUGUAUGCAUAUUCUGUCCUUUUACUGUCAAGUAAAAACAACUUAACAAUAUUACAUUGUAAUACUCUUCCUCUGAUAACACUGAUAAAUAAAAGGAACAUGUUGUGGUAACAUCUCAGAAAAAGAAAAGUUUCCAUGUUUGUGGUUUUAAAUUAUGGCAUUUCCCAUUUCUAAUCUAAUUAUAUGGUAAGAUUUUCACUCUCUGAAUAAAAUUAAUUUUUAGUGAA